AUGUCCCACACCAGGCAGGAGGUGACGGGCCAUCCGACUGGCACAGCCCAGCAGGAGCCCGCUUCUCCGGGCCACAGGGCCCCGCUUGCCCAGCGCCCAGCGCCCCCAAGUUCGGAGCACGUGCCGCGGGGUGGGCGAGGCCGCUGCCGGAGAGGAGAAGCGCGGAGCACGCCGGACGCAGGGGCAUCGGGGUCCGUGUGUCCCAGGCCACAGCGCAGCCCGAGGCCGGCGGUCUGGACACACGGUCUCCGGAAACUCGCGGGGCUUGCGGGGGUGGGCGCGGGGCUGGUUUCAGGCAGGGCGGAAGCCGACCCCUCGUGGUGGCAGAAUCAAGGAAGGAGCCGUUCCCCUUUCACUCAGCCCCGUCGUCCUCCGCCUCUUGUCCCCACACCAGCAGGAGGUGACAGGGCCAUCUCCACGCCAGCAGGAGGUGACAGGGCCGCCCCCACACCAGCAGGAGGUGACAGGGCCAUCCCCACACCAGCAGGAGGUGACAGGGACGACGGGAUUUCUCUGAGAAGGACUGUGGAGUUUAAGAGAGAAACUGGCUCAAAUGCCGGCGGCUCAGACCAUUGGAAGUUUUUCCCAAAAGUUUUCAACCAAAACUACCUUUUUGGUUACGGGGAUAGAAGACCGGGCGCGGCCGUUUCUGAGCACGAGGCCCAGCGGUGUGGAGCGCCUUCGCUCUGCCGUGCAGCCUUCCCCACCCGCAUCUCCGGAACCUUCUCAUCUCCCCAGACUGAACCCCGUCCCCUCCCAGCCCCCGACACCCGCCAGGCCCCCCGGGAGUGGUGUCAGGCCCUGUCUGUGUCCGGAACCCCAGUCCCACGCCUGCGGGUUCUGAGCCCAGCACAGCCGCCUGGGAACGGGCCGUGUCCCGCAGCGCCGGGGCGGGGGGCGGAGCGCCCAGCGCCCAGCCGCCCAGCCGGGCUGGUGCCAGCCGUGGGACGGCGUUCCCCGCCUCAGAGUCCACGUGUCGCGCUCUGCGUCAGUGUCCGUGUGUGUCACGGGGCUCCCGCGGAGCCUGUCCCCUGCAGGGAGGGGCGGCCCUCCCGCCGCAGCCUGGGAGGGGUGCGUGCGGCCCUGGCCUGCGUGGCUGCCCAGAGGGCCGUGGCCUGGCCGUCCCUGCCCCAGAGAGCGGAGCCGGCUCCAGCCGUGUGGCCCGUGUGGUUUCCUUGGCAACUCCGAGACCACGCCGGGCCGGGCAGAAGUGUCAGAGGUCACUCCCGACGUGAGGCAACAGAUGCCGCCCACGCCGCAGCCUGUCCUGUGACUGGCCUGUGUCACUCAGCGGAGUGUCCUCGAGGCACAUCCGUGUUGUGCCAUGUACUCUCAGGCCGGUAACACUGCGCUGCGUGGUCAGACCACGCCGUGUCCCCGUCCGUCGGUGACCGCGUGGGUCCCUCCCACGCUAGGCUGCCGUGCGUGAUGCUGCCGUGAACGGGGUGUGAGAAUGUCCCCUUCAGUCCUUCCGGGUG